UGAAAUCUGGAAUACAUUUAAUUUACAUGAAUAUGCACAUGAUGUGCAUAUACAGAUGUAAAUUAAAAACAAAAAAUGAGAAACAUGCACACGAUAUUAGAACUUGUACAUGUAUGGUUUGAUCGGAAUUAAGUUAUCAAAAUGUAUACAGAAAAUGGUGCUCGUUUUAGUUUCUCGGACAGCAUUUAAGCCAUAAAUCAUCUCUGCUUUUAUUCGUUUAUUCGACAUGGUUAUUUGUGGAAUAUAAAUUAAGAAUUACCCCGAGGGUGCUUAUUUAGAAAAACCAAUAGUGCUUUUAAGCGACGGUCAAAGAUUUAUUGGGCUUGUUUGCGAGGAAAAGCGUCGCCGGUCCUGCCUAAUUGUGGUUGUAACUUCUUCAUUUCUCUGAAAAUUGCCUUUUCUGCUAUUCGGCGAACAAUUGAAGAGAAAUCAAAGCCGAAUCUCCCCUCUAUUAAUGACAGAGCAAGGAUACUAAGAAUUAAUCGAUAUUUUUUGGCAGCGGACUUUAGCCGAGUUUGACUUUUAUAUAAACGGUGCUCGCUAUUGAUCCUGAAAUUUUCCAAACAAGUCACGUGGGCAAUGUCCUUGUGAUGAGGACACUUUAGUAAACAAUUACGUGGAACGCUCGUGAAAAUCAUGAGCUUCUGUCUAUUUCAUCCCGGCUGCAAUGGAUGGGUGUCACUUAACAACACCGUAGAAACUCGACAUCAGAACUCAGCAACUCGGCUUGCUAAUGGUUUGAAUUUGCUGAGGUCCUGUGGCAUCAUGGACUCGGCGCUAUACGUUACUGCAUUGACUUGUGUGCUCUUGUUUGGCUUUCUAGGCAAUUUGCUGGUCGUUGUAACCAUUGCACGCAAUGCAACGUUUCAUAGAGCACCAUUCUUUUUCCUGUUGAACCUUUCAAUUUCCGAUUUGUGCCGAUGUUUAUUUUGUGUUCCGUUCGUGAUUGCCUCCGUUCUCCAAGAUGUCGGCUGGGUCCACGGGGAAGUGUCAUGCAUUGUGAUAGCCUUUACCAAUUUCUUCUUCGUGUUCAAUUCCUUCAUCACGAUUUUGGUCAUUGCAAUUGACCGUUACGUCUCUGUCGCCUACCCCUACAUACACAAACGAUGGCUCCUUCAGGGGCCAACAAGCCUCGUUUUGGUUGCCAUUGGCUGGUUCCUGUCCGGACUCGUUUCACUUCCGCCCGUUUUCGGUGACAGAUCUUACACAUUCGUUGAGGAAGAGAACCAGUGUACUUUCCAGCAUAGUUCUUACAAACACAACGACACCUUCGGAUUCCUCCUCGUUUUAACCGCAGUUCAAUUCGGAUCUUUCUUUAUUUACUGUCGCAUUUUCAUUUUCCUUCGACAUCAUCGAAGGAUGAAACCACUUGAGAAUCCCCCUUCCAUGAGCUCUAACUGGACUUUCGCUGGUCCCGGAUUACAAAAUAUGUUCCCGAUGGCUUGGAACGGUCUUCCUCUUCACCCUAUUCCAACCAUCACCCAAAAUUUAUCAAGUGCUAGUGGACAGAUAGACCGAAUUCGCCAUAGAAAAAACGAGCACCUGACUCGCCUCUUCUUUGCGGUGACGUUGAUUGUUUACCUUUUGUGGUCGCUUUAUUGCAUACAGUCUCUUGUUCUUAUAUUUUCAGACACGGUGAUACCAAAGGGUUUCCGAAGGAUUACAACCCUGGCCACUUUUCUCCAAGUCUGCGUUAGUCCCGUUACUUUUACUUUCCAUUUCAGAAAAAUCGUCAUAAACAAUAUUAAAGUUUAUCGAAGACGCAGAAAACUUUGCCGACAAGAAUCUCACUAGAUUAAUUUUUGAAUUGUUGUAAAAUUUGCGGCAUUAUUAAAUAUAAUGGACGCUCAUUUUUCUUUCAUUAUGAAUAAUUGUUGAUUGUUGUUUUCGAUUUAUAUUUCUAUGUGCAAUUGAACUUAAAUUAAUUUGCAAUUGACAGGCUUUUUAGAAGUGAUUUUGGGUUUUGUUUAGUUUUAUUAAUUAAUUAUGUUGGGUUUAGGGGUUUGGGGUUGGUAGGGGGUUGAAAUUUUCUCUCACUUUUUUUUCAAUAAUAAUAUCAAUUCAGUACUGUAAAAAGGUAAAUCAGCCUAUUCAAUAUUUUAUCUUUAUAGCAAUAUUUAUGAAAUUUUGGUUGAAAUGUGAAUAUUUUCAGCGUAGCUCAUAUUUAAUAUAUAUUUUCGUUGUUGGAAGCUGCCUCUUGUCUGGCAGACUGUUGAAGAAGUCCAACAGUUACAGAGACUCUAUAUAUUUUCAUUAUUUAUUUAAGCAUGAUCUCUAUUAAUGAUUUUUUUGUUUAGAAUUCUAUUUUCUAUUCAAUGUUUGCGAUAUUCUAAUAAAAAAAUAACUUGAUACGGUAACCGUAAUUUUUUUUAA